AUGACGACGGAAGAAGCAAAAGCAGCAGCGUCUUCAAAAUUGUCUCUGGCAAAACCCGGCUGCCAGGAGAAAUGUGGGAACCUCAGCAUCCCAUACCCGUUUGGCAUCGGCGAUGAGCCCAAGUGUUUCCUGAAUGAAGAUUUUCAGUUUUUCUGCAACACCACUAGUGACCCUCCCCAGCUGAUGAUGAUGCACUCCAUUUCGGAUGAUAAACCGAUUUUGGACAUAUCGCUGCAAGGACAAGUAGCCACCACCAUGUGGGCGGCUUCCGAAUGUUACGCGGGUGAGGGCAAUGACCUGGUAGUGAAUACUUCUUCCUGGGAACUUCCAGAACCAUACAUGCUGUCAGACACCAGAAACAGAUUCAUAACUGUCGGUUGCGACACCUCUGGAAUUUUGGAUGGGUACAAUGGCGAGGCAUUCUACAUAGGUUGCAGUUCAGGUUGUCUGAACGAUACGAAAGAGACAUUGUUACCAUGCGACAAUGGUCUUGGAUGCUGCCAGUCCACCAUACCCAAGGGCAUCACUGGACUUAAUAUUUCCACAGAAAGCAUUUUCAACUUCUCCUACACAUGGAAUAUCAACAGAUGCGGGUAUGCCUUUAUGUGUGACAAGGAUUUGAUGGCCUCACAAGUUUCACGCCUUUGGAGCAUGGGAAACAAUGUGAAAUACCUUGAAAAUUUUGGGAUCCAGACUCCAAUAAUACUGGAUUGGGCAAUUCGAAAUAAGACUUGCGAGGACGUAGGAGGAAUGGAAGAUAAUAUUGUCUGUGGUAACAACACCUAUUGCACUAAUUCCACAAAUGGCCCUGGAUAUCUUUGCCACUGUUUGCAAGGUUACCAAGGGAAUCCUUAUCUCCCUGAUGGAUGCCAAG